AUGGGAACCUGCCAAAUGCAAAUCCAUGAAUUAAAAGAUGCCCUAAUCAUUUGCCAUCCAGCAAAUAAAUUUGAUGACAUGAAAAAAAACCCGGAGUCCUUAUUGAAAACAGUGGUUAUAGAGUCUAAGCUACUUUCACCAGAAAAAGACCCAGAAUUCAAGCAUAUCCAAACAUUUUUUGAACUCCACAGAAAUAAAAUUCAUACUGAAGUGGCUUAUUAUUACCAAAAAAUAAUCAACAGUAACGAAAUAGAAAUCUCUGAGAUAUUCUAAAUUCUAUUGAUUUGCCUAUAAUCUCUGAUCUGUUGCCCUUUUGAUGGAAUGAUAGUAGAUUAUAUUAAAAUAUGCAUCCUCGCUCUUUUUUCUUGAGGGCAUUUCAUGUGACAACUUUAUUUGGUACUGGAGAUCUCAUCGCUUUAAAUCUCUAUCUGGUCAAAAUGACUUUGGCAUGCGAAGUGCUUGUAAGCAAAAUAAUAAGGAUGAAUUAGCCUAUUCAGCUUAGAGAGAUAUAAAUUUUAAAUUUCAUCCUCUGAGAUCAAGGCAAACCAAAUAUUUAAGCUUGCUACUUCCUUACUGCCUUCAUAUAAGUCAUUUGAAUUUAUGGAAUACUGAGCUUGAGAAAAGAGGAGUUCGAUAUAUAACUAAAGUUCUUCAUAAUAUUCCAAACUUAGUAGAGCUUAGUAUUGAAGAAAAUAAUAUAGAUGAAGAAGGAAUUGAAUAUUUUUCAAAAGGAUUAGAAACUCUUAAGUCAUUAAAAGUACUUUCUAUAAGCAGAAAUCGGAUUGGUCUCAAAGGAGCUUUAGGCUUAUCCAAUGCAUUUUCCUCACUCCGGAAACUUGAAAUGAUAUAUCUAGACAACACAGAAAUCACGUCAGAGCAGCUUUCAAUCCUCAGCCAAGGUCUUAAUAAUCUUAUAGACCUCAAAAAGCUCAGCCUGUCUUUCAAUUUACUUGACAAUAAUGGCAUAAAUGUUUUAAGGAGAAUGUUUGACAUUUUGAAAAUCCUCAAUGAAGUCAAUUUAAUAGGAAACAAUAUAAGUGAAACUGAAGUAGAGGGUCCAUGAUUUUUGAUCAGAUAUACUUUUGGCAGUUUAUUGGGAAAAUUGUUGAUUUUUUUAUAGCUUUUGAAAUUUAAAGGUUUUUUUUUUCCCAAGCAAAUACCAUAAUACGAAAACAUUUCGAUCAAAAUAGCAUGUAGCCGAAGUAGAACUUUUGUUACAAGAUUAUAUACAUAUAAAUAUAAAUGUGUGAGCGGGAUAG